AUUCUUUUGUUCAAAAAAAUCCAUCAAAAAAAACGAGGAAGACGGACAGACACGAGAGAAUCAGGAAAUCCUUCUGCAGACGUUAAUUAGUCGCCGAAUUAGAAGUCAAAUAAUCGGAACUCAAGAGGUUUAGCAACUUUUAGUUGGAGAAAGCGAAAGUUUUUCAUCGGUGUAUUAGCUAGCUAACGUUAGUUAACGUUACCCAAGAUAUUUUGACAAACAUGCCACGCAAGAAGGUAACAGAAGUCUCAGGGAAUGGUGGGAUCAAGAGGAAGAGGGCAGGAGGCAAAAAGAAGGAACGGGAGUUCAGCAGUGAUGAUGAGUUUGACGAUUAUGAAGAGCAGGAGAACACAAAGAAACCUGGCAAGCCUGCUACAAAGUCAGGCCUUCAACCAGUCACUGUCGCGGACGAUAUCAAGGAAAAAAUAAAACUUGACUUACCUAAAGUCAAAGGUCAACUGCUCAUUUUCGGCGCCACCAACUGGGAUCUCAUCGGAAGGAAAGAGGUGCCAAAAGCACAAGCGGCCUUCAGGAACCUAGGCCAGAACUUGUGGGGUCCUCACCGCUACGGCAGCAUGAGUGACGUGCAGGUCAGCAGUGUGGUGUCUGGGCCGUGUGCUGCCCACAGCCUCCUAAUCACCACUGAGGGCAAGCUCUGGAGCUGGGGUCGAAAUGAAAAGGGUCAGCUGGGUCACGGGGACACCAAGCGCCUGGAGGCCCCAAAGCUGAUUGAGGCCCUCGCAGACGAAGUGGUGGUGGCUGCAGCCUGUGGACGCAACCACACCCUGGCAUUGACAGAGGGUGGCACCGCCUACUCGUUUGGAGAGAACAAACUGGGCCAGCUGGGCCAGGGCAACCAAACAGAUGCAGUCCUCAGUCCAGCCCUGAUCCAGUACAAUGGGCAGCCCUUGGUCAAGGUGGCGUGUGGGGCAGAGUUCAGCAUGGUGGUGGACUGCAAAGGAAACCUCUACUCGUUCGGGUGCCCAGAGUAUGGCCAGCUAGGACACAACUCUGACGGCAAGUUCAUUGCCCGCGCCCAGCGCAUCGAGUUUGACUGUGAGACCAUUGCACGCCGCGUGGCCAUUUUCAUCGAGAAGAGUAAGGACGGCCAGGUGACGCCUGUACCUAACGUGGUGGUCCGAGACGUUGCCUGCGGAGGCAAUCACACGCUGAUAUUGGACUCCCAGAAGCGGGUGUUUUCCUGGGGCUUUGGUGGUUAUGGACGGCUGGGUCACACGGAGCAGAAGGACGAGAUGGUGCCCAGACUGGUGAAGCUUUUCGACUUCCCCGGGCGCGGGGCAUCCCAAAUCUACACUGGCUAUCAGUGCUCCUUCGCUAUAAAUGAGAUGGGAGGGCUGUUUUUCUGGGGGGUCACCAAUACCUCGCGGGAGUCUACCAUGUACCCCAAGGCUGUGCAGGACCUGUGUGGCUGGAAGGUCCGCAGUCUGGCGUGCGGGAAAAGCAGUAUAGUUAUCGCUGCAGACGACAGCACCAUCAGCUGGGGACCCUCCCCCACCUUUGGAGAACUGGGAUACGGAGACAACAAGGCCAAGUCCUCCACUACUGCUCAGGAGGUGAAGACCCUGGAUGGAGUUUACACUGAACAGGUGGUGAUGGGAUACGCACACUGCCUGGUCAUCGCCAGACAGGAUACUCCACAGGAACAAGACAAGCUCAAGAAGCUGCCAGAGUACAACCCACGCACGCUCUGAUAGGGCACCAUCCAGCUGCCUCUUUUUUUUCUUCUUUUUUUUACUCCAGAGACAACUGAUUCUCUCCAGAAUGCACCCGCCCUUUAGGUCACCUUUGUAAGUCAUAAUGGAUGGCUGGGGAGGGUGGGCUCCCAUGAAUAUGUAUGCAUACACUUUGAAAAACAAGUCGGGUCUAGGCCAUAGAUUGAGGUUAAAUGAACAAAAAUGUGCCACAACUAAAGACUGAAAGAAAUCUACUCUGGGCAGAAUACAUCCUGCUCACAACGCCUGUCAGAUUUCUACAGCUGGAUAGAGGAACUCUACCACUCAACUCUCCCAAGCACAUUAUUCCUCUCUGGGUUCUACUCCUACCCCAAAAUCCAUGCAACUCCACUGAAGCGUUCACUAUAUUUUCAUGAAGUCUUUUUUGCUGUUGUUAUUAUCCUUCUGUUAAACUGAUCAAUGUCCUCUCCCUCACCAUAACAGGUGCUACAUCAGUCCUUCAUUGGGCAGAUUCAUUUCCAAGUGAGGGAUCACUUCAAGACCAACACUUCAUGCCUUUUGAAAUUGUUGUUUGGGGGUAUGGAGUAAAUGUGUUUGUUCCCAAAAACCAAUUGCGGAAUUUAGUUUAAUUUGUUCAUGAAGUCCGUGGCAGUAUUACUCUUUGUCAGGUCGAUCUGUAUGCAUUGUCAAAACACAAUGGGCAUCUGAGACAUUUGUGCCACCAAGUUGAUGCUCUCCAGCCAUUGACUUGUUUCAUUCCUUGGUUUCUCUUCACUUGUAUGAUUAAAUGUUGGCGUUGAGGAUGCGCAACUGUCCCUCAAAGGCCAGUGUCUGCUUGUUGUCAUUCCUGAUGUUUUUUUUCCUUUUUUCUCAGUGACUCCUUUUUAGCCUGGGAAACCAGCUGUGGACACUGCAGUCUUGGGAAUGAAAACCAGCAUGAAUGUGAUUUUGGGAGGACUUGAGUUGUGUGCCUCUGUUUUAGUGUGAAACUACACUUUCUGCACUGCUGUUAAAAUUCUUUUUCAUAAA